AUGAUGGUUCUUGCUGCCACCAUUCCCCUAACCACGGGGCCACCGAGAGUGGUCGGCCCUGCAACCAAAACAGCGACUCGCCCCGCCGAUCCGCUGCCUCAGUGGCUGAUAGACGGUGCUCAUGUCGACAAGCGGGAACCAUUUGACCCCGAGAAGCACCUUAUGUUCGAGCCACCAAGCAAAAUCUACACGAUGCCAGAGAUCGGGCUCGAGGGCCAGGGUAUCUCACCGCAUGCCGUGUCUGCUCCCUUUCCACUCUUCACCGAAGAAGCCGUGCGGCAAAUGAGAGCAGAGAUUUUCAGCCGCGAGGUUCUCGAUCACUGUCAAUUUGCAUCGACCUUCAAUAAGAACAUGAUUCGGGGCAUGGGCCCUGUGCGCGCCCCAUUCAUCUACAGUGCGUGGAAGUCACCGGAGCUGCUGGCUAAGAUCUCCCAGGUCGCCGGAAUCGAUUUGGUCCCAGUGUUUGACUACGACAUUGCCACCAUCAACAUUUCGAUAGGCGGGGGAGGGAUAGAUUUGACACCGUCUCUAGACCGACCCUUGGACGACAAUCUGCCAAGUGUAGCGUGGCACUACGAUAGCUUUCCGUUUGUGUGCGUGACUAUGAUUUCGAACUGCGAGAGCAUGGUUGGAGGGGAGACGGUGCUGAGGACGGGAACCGGGGAGACGAUGAAAGUCCGCGCUCCGGCCAUGCAGGGAACCGCGGUGGUAAUGCAAGGGAGGUAUAUUGAGCAUCAGGCCCUCAGGGCGUUGGGCGGUCGUGAACGCAUCAGCAUGGUCACUGCCUUCCGGCCCAGGUCGCCGUUUGUCAAGGAUGAGUCGACUCUAACCGGGGUCCGGGGGAUUAGCGUCAUACCAGAGCUGUAUAGCCAGUAUACGGAGUACCGCCUGGAGAUCUUGGAGGAGCGCAUUGUUGCCCGCUUGACAUCCGAACGCCAGCGCGAAGUAGCCAAGCGGAAAUUCGAUACCACCGAUACGAGAGAUUGGCUGAUCAAGCAAAAGGAGUUCAUCGAAGCUAUGCUCACGGAGCUCUACGAGGUCUGA